AUGGGUGUAAAUGAUCUCUGGAAGAUACUGGAACCAGUUAAAAGAAAUGAAGACCUCUCUUCACUUCGAGGCAAAAAACUUUGUGUGGAUUUAAGUUGCUGGAUCUGUGAAUUUCAGAGUGCAAAGGCGCUGCAAGAAAAUGUCCCCAGUCCUCAUCUCCGAAAUCUUUUAUUCCGAGUUCUCUAUUUAUCAACAAGGUUAGGUGUGAAGCUGGUGUUUGUCAUAGAUGGAGAACCUCCCGAACUAAAAUGGGAUGCUAUAGUAAAGCGAAUUCAAGCCAGAAAUGGGGAGCAAAGUGGACAUUUAAGCCCACCAGGUGGGCAAAGAAUUGGGCGAUCACACUUUGCACAGUGGGUCAAUGAGGUAAGUUCCCCCAAGACUGGGUCGUAACAGUUAUCAUAUAUACAGUGACAGUUGGUGGUGUGGGUUGGAUGUAUAAGAGACUUAAAAGCUGACAAUUUGAGUGUAAGCUUUUCAUUAGAGAAUGGUAUGAUGGUAAGUUUUGCAGCAGUACAACAUCAGUACUACAAACUCUGGGUUGAAGAAAAAGACACAUUUCAAAGACACUGUUAUGUACUUACAAUGUUUUUAUGUACUUGCAAUGUUUUUAGUGCUGCACUCUCUUAAAGCUCUUGGGAAUACCUUAUAUCAAAAGUCCUGGAGAAGGAGAGGCUCUCUGUGCCUGGCUUGAUCUCCUCAAGGUAGGUACCCAAAAAACACCAAGCCUUUUCUUUCCAUGUAGACGACCAGUUAUAGUACAAAAAAAUCAGAGAAAUAUUGUAAUUGACCGUCAGGAUUGAUUCUUAAGAUUUAGCAUAACAGAGCAGUUUCUUGUACACUGACUAACCAAGGGCUAACGGUUGAUAAGAGUACUGUCCAUGGAAAUGAUGCGAUGAUGGUACAAUAAUUUAUUUCUUUUUCUUUUUCUCACAUGCAUAAUGUCCUUAGAAACUUCAAUGAAAAUGGACAUCAAAACCUGUGAGUGUUAUUGUAAAAACUAUUCAGAACAAUUUUCGAUGGUCUAUACUCUUAUCCACCAUGGAAAUGGCGUAAAAAUGUUCCAAACUUUGCAGUGAAACCAUUUGCCCUUGGCUCUUGGUUCCUUUUGAGUUUUGGCCAUUUUGAUGUUUUCUAUGGUCGACAAGAGUACAGACCAUGGAAAAUUGUUGUUGAUUUGUUAAUUACUCAAUAUGCAACAUUAUUUUAUGUUUUUUAGAUUGUUGAUGGAUGUAUUACCAGUGAUGGGGAUGCAUUUCUAUAUGGAGCCAGAACUGUUUAUAGAGAUCUUCCUGUCUCUGGGAAAUCGAAGGUGGGUCUUUUUUGUCAUUUUUUUUAAGUGGGAGAGAGUUUAAAUUUUUACAUUGCGUUUUGUGGGGUCCAUUUUCUGUUACACUGUUACACCUUUUUGUUUUAUUUGGUAUGAUUCUCAGUGCUCGACUUUCAGAAAAAAAUCUUGGGGCCAGCUGGCCCCCAAUUUUUCACUUUUUGUCGCCAGAACAAGUAUUCUGGUCAGCAAAAAUUAUGUUAAUGGAUUUAGUUUUGUGAAGGAUAACGGAUUAUCAUUAGUGUACGUUUUCCCAAAGAAGAAAGUCACCUGUCUUGGGGGCCAGGUUGGAAACCAGGCGUGAAAACUUGGUCGCCACUGAGUAAAAGCUGAUCGCAUUGACGACCCCACGGGUUGCAACGUCGAGCCCUGAUUCUACUGAGAGUUACCAGAAACCUUUAGAUUCCAGGACAAGAUUUGACUUAGAGAUUUUUUGGAUAUUUUCAAAGAAUUAAACAAAACAGAAAGCUUCAUUUUACUUUUUUUCCCCAGAAAACUUAACACAGUUAUUUGUAUUGAAGGAGGUUAAGCCCUCUACAUGCUGAGUACUAACAGAGAUCACCAUAUAUACAAUCUCAGUACAAAAUCUUUUUUUAAUCAAAUCUAAAACUAUUGAUCAGUGAACAGAAACAUGAUACAUAUGAUAAACUUACUUGAAGUUUGAUUGACAUAUUGUAACACUCUCCAGGGCUCGACGCUGCGACCCGUGGGGUCGCCAAUGCGACCAGCUUUUACUCAGUGGCGACUAAAUUUUCACGCCUGGUCGCCAACCUGGCCCCCAAGAUAGGUGACUUUCUUCUUUGGGUAAACGUACACUAAUGAUAAUUUGUUAUCCUUUACGCAACUAACAGAUAGCUAACGGUUUUUCUAACGCUCUAACGUUUUGCCCAAACGCUCUAACGGUUUGUCUAAACGUUUUAAUGAUUUGUCUGAAGGCUUAAACGAUUUCUUCCAACACUCUAAUCUACGUUUACUUGAAAGAGGAUUGUGAAAUGAAUGAAUUCGACGGAAGACUUUAAUCGACUUUCGGACAAAUCGAUCACAAUUCUCAACAAAUCGUCCCAUGUUUCUCCGGGAAUGACUUUCAGCGCAUCGAUAUUUAAAACAAUUUCUUUAUGUCGAACAUGUAUCUCGAUUGCGGACUCGAUAACAGAUUAGUCUGAUAAAAGCUCAAGCUAAUCGAAGCUAAUCGAGAACGAACGGCGCUUACUUCUCGAGCUUCGCAAUUAUUGUAAACAACUUUACGCAAAUUUCUGUUGAGCGUGACGACGCAAAUAAAAGCUCUGCUGUAUUUUAUUGACUUCUAAUUAAGUAAAGUUGAAGUUAUGCUGUUUGUCUAACAGACUUCUCGCAAAAUCAACUUCUUUGCCCGAAAACAUUAGCAACGUUUCCUCUUUCUGGUCUUUCUGGAGACUUUCGAUCAUGUGUUAGGCAACCGCGCAAUAGAUGAAGUUUCACCGAUGUUCAGUUCUGAACAUGCAAAUACAUGGGACGCAAAACAAAUUUUGCAGAUUUUGUUCUUUCAUAACCCAAAUAAGUCUUUUGGUGAUUCCUAAAUUUUGCUUUUUUAAUGUGUAUUCCAUUUCCUGAACCUUAAGCUUGAAUACCUGUUUGAGGAGAUUUACGCUUGAGUGCGGAUUCAUUUUACAGAACACCGGCUGGUAAUCGAGCGUCAGCGAAAACCAUUCGAAAGAAAGUUCAAAGGAAGUCUAAACCAUUCAUUUUCUGUUAAGGCUAAGUUAAAGAUGUUAAGUUUAUUUUAUCCCAUUAGUUCUUAAAUAUAAUUUUUGGCGACUAGAAUACUUGUUCUGGCGACCAAAAAUGAAAACUUGGGGGCCAGUUGGCCCCAAGAUUUUUUUCUGAAAGUCGAGCACUGCUCUCCCUAUAGCAAAAUGAUGAAUAUUCUAACAUUUGAUUCCUUGUUUCCAUCACAGCAAGAUUCUCUAAAACACGUAGUAGAAUGAGAACGGCUAUCACAUUUGCCCACCAGUAUGAUGCUGGUUCAUAUCAUAUGCAUGCAAUACUUAACUACUGGUAGUACUGAGAAAAUCUUGUUCUCCUAGUCAUCCUCACAAAUCAGUCUGACAAAUGUGGUUCAUGUAGGUAGCACUGUAAGCCAGUAAAAAUAUUGCAUUUCAACUUUGCUUAUUCUUUGUUUUCAGGGGUCAUCAGUAGACUGUUAUAGGAUAGAGGAACUCAAGUGCCAGCUAAGUAGGUACCUUUCCUAAGCAAUCACACAACUAUAAUUAUUACAAGUAUUAUUAUGGUAAUCCACCACCAUGGGAACUGCAUGUAAAGCUCAUGAUAACCACUUAACGAUGCAAUGAGAAUUAUCUGAGGUUGACCCAAAGAAUGGCUUUGGAUAAAAUAGCUUUGACCUUAAAAUAAAUUCAACCUGCUACAUUAUAUAUUGCUUAUCACAGGAGAGCCCAGGAGGUUCUCUGAAGACUGUUAUCUCAGGAUUGUAGCUGGUUGAUGUUCCAAAUACUUUGCCCAGGCUAAGAGCCUCCUUCUGGAUAACAGCCUUAAUUGGAGAAUUAUGGUUAAGUUGAUAUUAGUAUAUGGAAUUAUAUACCUCCCCUCACCUACCUUGUGUUAUUUUGAACUUCACCCUCUUCAUGCUGUCACAUAAUCAAGGUGAUCCUCAUUCAUGUACAUGUAGCUUAGACAUAAACACAAUGAACUUGCCCACAUUUAUUAUAUUUAUGUUUACAACUUUUCGUCUUCCUAAUUUAUGUAGAUCUCAGCCGAGAGAAUUUAGUGGGGCUUGCUGUGCUUCUUGGUUGUGAUUAUCUUCCUCAAGGAGUGCCUCAAGUUGGAAAAAUAAAAGCCAUGGAACUGAUUCAAAAUAUCAAACCUGACAACUUAAUUCAAAGGUACUAUUUGCAUUCUGUUAAGUGUAUAAAUGUGACAAAAACAAUAAUGAUGAGCCACGUACAGCUAGUAUUUCAUUUGCUUACACUAAGCAUGUCAACUCGUACAACAAUCUGAACAAAUUUUGAAAGAACAGUCAGAUUACCAUCAAGACCAACUUCAAUGUCUUUAAGUCCUGUAUUAUCUCAUGGAUCAGGGUUGUUGUACAUGUACAGGUGUGAAACCUGAAGGACUAAAGCACCUGACACCAUUAUUAUUGAUAUUUUAAGGUGCAUAUUAAGACUUAUCUUUUUAGAACUUUAUAUUGGUGAGCAAUUUUAUAUUCAGUUCUUACUUGCAUGCAUAAAUAUUCUUUUUAUUUUUUAUUUAAAAAUGCAUUAUCUUUUAUUUGUUUCUUGUAAAGUAAUGCAGUUGUAAUGCGCUGCUGAUCAUUCUCAUGUUAAGCUGCACACAAUAAGUUCAUAAAUUAUUAUUAUUAUUAUUAUAUCAUUAAUAACAUCCUUAAAAGUUCCUUUUUUGAUGAAGGUUUCAUAAAUGGACUGCAACAGGAACAUUCUCCGAUCAAGAUCUUUCACGCAUAGAGAAAUCUAUAAAAUGGUAAGAGAAUAGCAAAUUGGCCUGAUUGAGGCAUGAAGUGUUUAUCUCUUGUAAGGCAGAAUUAAAUUCAGGUGAAAAGUUUUUAACCGAGGUUGAUACUCAGUUUCCUUUGUCUCGUAGCCCUUAUUUAUGAAUUUUUAGCGUGGGUGGGGGGAAGGGGGAGACAAAGAAGAGUCCACCUAAGUGUAGUUUAAAACUUUUUGACCUGAAUUUAAUGUGGAUUUAUAUCAUAUAUCCAUUGUUUUUAUUUUCCGUAUGCAAAUUUUCUACCACUCAGAGGUAACUUGCAUGUACAUGUGAAGACAAUAAACAACAACUCACUCAUAACUUUUGCUCUACAUGUAGAUUAAAGUAAGGACUGUUCUCCUAAACCAGUUCUACCAAUCAAGAUAUCUUUCAUGAAAUCAUAGUGAUUAAAAACACUCAUCAAUUUGUCGCACUUUAAACCUUUAAUGUCAGCUUGUACAGUUAUUGUACAGUUUGUGCUUAAAAUACAACUUACACGUGGUGGAAGACCUGAGUACAAUUUAUUCUGUGUGAGAAAGAAAUGUAUGUUUCAAUAGUUAAACAUUACUGUAAUAUUAUUUUUUCAGCAAAGCCUUAAAGGACAAGAGUUUCCCACAUCCUAAGGUAAAUCAGAGGAUGAAAUUAAAUAAAAUACCUAACUGUGUCUGCUAUACAUGUCUAACAGUGUUCAUAUAAAAUUGCUUGGUCCACUUAUUCUAAAAUAUCUAUUUUUUUAUUUUAAUUUAUUAUUUUUAUGUAAUAUUUUUAAUUUUUAUUUUUGUUUAUUUAUUUUUGCUAUUUAUCCUCGGAGACAUUAGCAUCUUAUUGCUAUCUUUUAAUGCGAGAAUAAAUAAAAAUUAUUGAUUGAUUGAUUUUAGUCAUUUUUUAGAGUAAGAAAGGAUAUUAACUGUAAGGUACCUGAAGCAAACUAUAUAAGAAAAUAAGGAAAAUUGACACUACAUGGUAUUUUCACUGCUACCUAGUAACCUACAUUUGUAUGAAGUUAAAAUUGCUGUGAAUUAAAUUUUAGUCAAUAAAAGGAUGAAAACAGUGCUUGCAAUUCAUGAUGUGUAUCAUGGAAACAGGGCUGCCAAUUUAAAUCACGGCUCUAUAUUUACAUUGAACAUGCUUUGUAAUCUAUCAUAAAGAGCUUUCUUAAGAAAUCCUGCCCAAUGCAUUUCUGUAAUAAAUUAUUUUACUAGUAUAAUUUUAUGCAUAGGUGAUACAGGAGUAUCUGCAGGAUCCUAAAGUUCCGCAGCAAUUUUCUUUCCAAACAUUUUGUCCAGAUAUCCAGAAACUGCAGGUGACUACUUAAUUCACGGAGUGUAGUAGAUAAGCUUGAGGAAAUAAUAAAUAAUGAAUUUAAAACAAAAAGACUGAAAUUAUAAAUAUAACCACCCAAGAUGAUUUUAUGUGCCAUUAUUAGUGGUUGGAGGGAAAAUAAUCUCCAUAAAGUUUCAUCAUCUGAUAAAGCUUCAUUUAGGUUAAAGGACAUGAAUUAAAAAAGUAAGGGAGAGGUUAGAUAAUCCACAAAAUGUGUGGACUUAAAAAGAACUUUCCAGGCCCUUGCAAUCUGAGGUCUCACUAAGGCACUAAGGAAAGCCAUUGAAAAUCGAUAACAAAAAUUUUUUUCAAAUUGGCUCUAUAAUUUUCUUCAGAAUCAAUCUAUGGUAAAAUUGUUUGAACCUCACACAACCUGCAAUCCCUUGAUUUGGUCUCACUAAGGGCUAUCACUUUGACCGUCAGUUCUUUAAUCUUUUAUGCGGUUCAUUUAAAUAUGAAUAGGGUGGAAAAAAUAGAGUCUGACCACUUUUCGUAGAAUCUCCAGAUUCUUUCCAUGAGUCUCCAGAUUUUCCUUUAUCAGGGGUUGGCAGGUCUGCCUAAUGACAAUCUUAGAAUCGCUAAAUGUUGUGAUCCUGGUUCCUGAUCCUUGUCUUUUUUGAAUUUGUUGUUGUUGUUUUGUUUUGUUUUUGCUGCUGAAUAUAUACGUCUAAUGUCAUUGUUCAAAUAUAUUUAUAUUAUUAUAUUACUGGUAUAUACUUUGUAAUGUAUGUGUUGCGUGUGAUUUUUUUCUGUUCCCUCAUGUUUGAAAGGAAUUUUGUCUAAAGAAUUUAAAGUGGAAUGAAGAAAAAACAACAGAAAAGGUAUGAAUAUGGAAAAAUGAAUGAUAGCAUACAACUAAUACGAUAAUCUCUGUUUUGUAAUUAGUUUUUAUUCAUCUCUCCCUUGCAGAUUCAACCAUUGAUUACAUACUGGCAAAUGACAUCAUUGCUUGAAAAAAACAUAACAACCUUUGUCCAGCCUGAAAAGUAAGUCAAUAAACUCUAACUAAUGGUUAAAAGAUUAGAAAUGUUGUGGUCCAAUUUUGUCCCUGGUUUAAAUUUUUUUUUCUUUUGUUUCAAACUCAAAAACAAAAGAAAAUAAAAUUUUAAACCAUAAGGAUAAAAUUAAUCCACAGCAUAUACAUGAAAUUAGGGCUAGGACACAAAGGAAAUUGAGAAUCAACCUGAAAUCAAAUUUGACCUGCAACAUGUAUGUUGUAGUUCAAUUUCAUGUUGUGGAAGCUCUCCUAACGGACACUCUCGUAAGCGGACAGCUCUACUUAUGGCCACCUUGACAAACCCCGUUUUACUCAACUACCAUGUGAACUCUGUAUUUUUUCUUUCUCGUAAGCUUCUACUAUAUGUUAUAAGCUAAUGCACAGUGCUUUUAAGCAGUUGACAGACUUCAACAUUUUAUGCUUAAUAUAAGCUUAUAAUCAUUUUUGGUGUAUUUGUUUUUUUUGCCAGGAUAGUGAAAGCUCGAGUGCAGCAAAAAGUAGAAUGUUAUGAAGUUGAGUGGAAAAACUUAGAGCUAGGUGAAGCAUGUCCAGCAUAUUUUGUGACUGUUGAGCCCAGAGAGGUGAAUGUGAUAUUUAACUGUUAAACAAAUAAACUUAUUGGUUGUUAAUUCACCGAAAUAAUAUCACAAGGCUGUGCUCUAAGAAAAAUUGAAGAGAGCCCAAUGCUCUGAACUUGUAAAAUCCAGGGAGCCCAGGAUAUGAUUUCCGUGAGAAAGGUAAGAUUUUCUAGUCGCCCAACAGCAAAAGUAAGGUGCCACAGGCCACUUGGUGCUGCUAGAGUACAGCUCGCCCUGUAUCAUCUAUGGGAGCAGAACCAAGGCUUAGCAGUGAUGCAAUUUUGUAUCUCUUUUUUGAGGUUCUGUAGAAUUGGUACACGGUUUUACUAGACCAAACGGUUUUGUAUCUUAAAAAGUUUGGUAAAUUUUGAUGCAAUAUUGCAUAUUCUAUAGUUAGUAAUUUUUUUCUGUGCAUUUUUCUGUGAAAUUUUUCACUUUUGGACUCCCCUUAUACAGUUAUACCGGCCUUGUCUUUUGUUCUGCUGGGGUUUCUUACAUGUAUAUAGGAGUCCUUUAUAUUGGGAUUUCACUGUGACCAUUGACACUUGCCAAUUAUCACACUUUAGGCAUCAUUUAUUGAGAACAAAAAUAUAACCCUGAUCUCAGAAGCUUGUGGACCAAUUUCUCUUGCUUGGUAGAAACAUUUGACUUAUAAUGACAACAUUGGAACAUUUUUGAAACAUAAUUAAGUAACACGAACUAGAAUCAAAGUAAGACAGCAAAACUUCACGUGAAUAUAAUUCGUACUUAUACCAGGGGUAAAUUCGAGACUUUACGAGACCCUGGAUACAAAAUUCGAGACUGAAACUUCAAAAUUUUCUAGCCUCCAGGACACAAAAUACCGUAAAAAAAAAUAAGCCCCUCCAUGUAUGGGCCCCUCCAAAUAUAAGCCCCCCCAAACCGGUAACGCAAAAAACCCUCUGUUAAAUCGCCCCUCCAAAUAUAAGCCCCUGGGGGCUUGUACUUGGAAAACUGCCCUCAAAUACAAAGUAAAACAAAGCAAAAACGGCAAAUUUACUUUAAACUAUAAGGCUAGUCCAAUCGAUUUUGAAACGCAAAUUUCUCUCCGUAGAUAAGCCCCUCCGAAUAUAAGCCCUUCCAAAAAUAAGCCCCUCAAAAAGGGCCUUUGAAAAAUUUAAGCCCCGGGGCUUAUUUUCGGAAUUUUACGGUAACCUGAAAAUGAGACUUUACGACCCACCACAAAAGCUUUCGGGACUUCAAGAUUGGACAAAAAUUUUCCGAGACCCACAUUUUUCGAGACCUGACAUUCUAUGCCCUUUAUAACAAAAUCUCUAAUUUUAGAAGUCUUGAGAACUUUGGGACUCUUUAGAAUGCCUUCAAAAGUCUUUGGGCAUCUUUCCUCUAUGAAAAAUCCUGGCACUCACGCUGGUAGCGAAACAAGAAAAUGUAUUUUCUUUGUCUACUUUUCUCAUGAUGCCUUCUUAUGAAUGUACCUUAUUUUGCAUAUUGUUGUAUUUUUUAGCUUUUUGCUCAGGUAUAUCCUGAUCCUGUGAAAAAAUUUAAUGAAGAACAAGCUGAACAAAAUUCUAAAAAACAGAGUGAGUAUAAGAAGAGUUUCAGGGUUUUUUUUUUCACUUAUAUCACGUGUUGCCAACAAGCACUAGAUGUUCUUUUUUUCCCAAUCAAUUUUAAAUUUGAUACCAUUGCAUGCUAGGCCUGCCGGUGUAAUUUUUGGCCAAAACAGGUCUAAACGGCCAUCCUGUCCCAGGCUUCAGCCUAUGCAGAAGUUAGUUCCCAGAGGAGAGAAAUGCUUUUGUUCUUGACGUAGGAGGGGGAGGGGGUGUUCGAGAUCACGGAAAACUUUGCUAAUCAAAUGAAUUAGUAUCCUGAGCUCAGAAGCGCUUUCCUUCUGGUAGGGAUCUUUUUGGUCCGAUUAUAGAACAAUUGUUAACAUAAUUUAAACCUUGGUUAGCAAAAGUUCCGGGCUUAGUUAUUGCUUUUGGGUUUUCUAACAUACUUUAAUGAACAAAUAACUCACUCAGGUUUAAUAAUUAGAUUAGCGAAACUUGCGCUUAAUAUGAAUGCACUGACCAAUACUUCCGAGGAGAAAGGACCGGAAAACUUCAACUCCCGUGACCUCACUCGCUGUACAUUUGCUUGGUUAAACUGCUCGUAUUCCUACUGACAUCUUUGUCAGGUUUCAAUCAUAUUUAGUGCACAAAGAUCAAAAUACCGAAAAUCUUAAUAACGCUAAUAAAACGUACAGAACAGAUGAUGUCGUCCAGGUUCCUAACUUAUAAUCGCCUCCAGCCUUGAUUCUGUUUUACAAUAUGGAUUCAGACUUUUUCGCAGGCAGUACUCUUCGACGCCGGCUCUCGACUAUUAAUGAGCCAGACUGAGCCUUUUGAGCGUUGGCCAGCGACAAAUCCGAUACCAAGUUCUUUUUGACCAAUAUGCGGAUAACUGCCGAUCUAAAUCUUCUGUAUUUAAUAGAAUAUAUAAUUGGAUUGCAGCAACUGUUUGUAAAUCCAACGAACAUUGCCAAGGUACCGUAUGGUCCCCUUACUUUUUCUCCUGUUCCAAUCUCAAUAAAAAGCAAAAUGCAGAACGGAGACCAACAGAUGAAGUACACCAGAGUCACUGUUAUUAAGGUUACCAAUCCCUUGUGUCGGUUCAUUUUGUUAGCAAAUUUAGUUUGCUCUGUUUUAUGAAACAAACCAAACUGUUCGAUUUCGUUUCUUGAUUUCUGAUCCUUACCACUUACAACUUCUUGGGUACGCUGGAGCUGAUUUCGGAUAACGCGCCCGAUCUUGAAAUAGACGAAAACCAUAGACAACAAAGCUAUUCCAUAUGUGCCCGACACAACGGAGAUCGCGAACGCAAAGUUCAAACCAAAUUUGGACCAAUCCUUUGCCUCACAAGUGCCGAUAUAACUGAUGAAACAUUCGUAUGAACUCACUCCAAAUAAUGGCAAAAAUGCCCAUAAGGCUGAAACCAGCCACAUAGCCAAACAAAGAAAAAGAGCCCGCGAUUUUGUCAUCUCCAUCGGAUAAUACAGUGGCCGGGCAAUAGCCAUAUAACGGUCAACUGAGAGCAUCAUAAGAUGCAUUAUAGAGGAUAUGCAAAACAAAAAGUUUCCAAAUCCAUUAAGCCUGCCCCAUACAUGUCCACAUCGCCACUUGCCUGUGUUAACAGCGUCCAGUGCACAAGGCAUUAUUAGCGCGGCUACGAGAAAGUCCGCUAUAGAUAGAGAAAUCAAGAAAUGCGAGUUCGCAACGGAUCUAAACACGCUUGAAUACUUUAGAACGACCACCACCAAGACGUUCCCAAUGACUGUUAAUACAAGGACGAUGGUCAUGAAAACCACGAUGAGAAUUUUCCAUGCUUGCGGAAUGUUGACUAACUUGAUGUCGUCUUCGGUCUCCGAAGCUCCUUCCGUCAGUGGAAGUGUUGUGUUCAUUAACGUUUUCUGUUGAAAGUAGAAAAACAAAACUCGCUGUUUAGUUGUUGUAUUGCUUUACUGAGUUAUGUGCUCUCGUUUCAUUAUUAUUCUAUGAGUUCGCUCUCAUGUUACCUUUUUAAAAGCCGAAGUAAUGCGAAGCUAUUUGCAUAUAAACACAUGAAGGGUGGCAAAUUACAGAAUCAUUACAAAGGAGCAAUACACCUGAUUAAUCAACACAGAUUAUUAGUCAGGAUAAAUCAUAAACAUUCAUUUUUUAAAAGAGAGCAGUGAGGGUUUAAUGAUCUGCCGUGUUUUCUUUGCCCAAUAUUGUUCAAUAUUUUCUUUCGUUGUAAUUUGCGACACAAAUUCAGUGAGUCUCAUUUUAUCGGCAACAUUUUUGCAGCUGUCGAGGAAAACCCUAAAAAACCUUUCAGUGAGACCCUUUCGUAAAAGUUGCAUAUUUGUUUAAUAUUAUCGACCAUCCUAACAUAAAAUCCGAACUUUGUUUCAAUUUUAAUGUCGGGUAGUAAUGGGAGAGGGGGCAGCAUGAGUAAAACUGAGAAAGAACUAGCGUCUCUAAAGUUGGUCGAGCGAUGUUACUUUAAAGUACUUGGGGUGCUUUUACUGAAAUUCUUUUGGAUAAGGAAUUCUUAUAAACGUAGAAACCCGUCUGCUAAAACACAGAUGGUCAACCCUAUCGAAGUUUGGCGGGAGGGAUUUUUACAUAUAUUCACUCUUUACAUCACAAGUUAGUUCAAAAAAGCUAUUUUUUCUCAAGGCAGCGGCCGGGUGCGCCUGUCUUGCAUCGGGAGAAAUGGUCGGACAUUUACGUAUAUCAGUGAGCCAUUGAAGUGGGCUUAUCAGGCGUGAAUGUGCCAAGGAAGCGGCAUAAUAAUAGAGAAAACGGGCGAUUUUGGCGCAGCAGAGUGACUUAAAUUGUCAUUUCGGUAGUUAAAAAGAUGAAUUCUUUAACAUUAUAGCGGAUUCUUUAAGUUAAAGGAUUAAUCUGUCAUUCCAGCUAAAUUUUAAGUAAAAUAAAUGAGAAUUGGGUGCAGACUUUUAACAUUGAAAAUCAGGCUUUUACAGUACUUUCAGUAUGGAAAUCGACCCUUGUCCAAGUUAAACAUCGAAUUUCUUCAAAAAUAAUCACAAAUCUUCAGAUUAUAGAGCGGAUUAUUUAAGACAAGGGCCUUACCUACACGUGAAAAUUUGACUCGAUUAAGUUACAGACUUUAAAGUUUGAAAAUAUAAAGUGUAAAGUUAGCGCGCAGUCGGAGUGAAGUCAUUGUCUUUGCAGUCUUUGUCGAAACAACGGUUGCCAUAAAAAAACAAUACGCAGUCGCUUUGAAUAGCCGACAACAUUGCGCGAAAUUUAAAGACAUCAGAGCUCUUGUGGCUUUCGUUUGCUUCUCCGACAAAAUUGCUUUCAAGAUAUCUGAUUGGCGCUUUUUAGUUAUACAGUUUCGGUUAUGUUAUAAGAUCAUUUAGGUUCAGAUUGGUUAUUGGCGGUUUCAUCUGCGCGAAUGUGACCAUUUUCGACUCUGUUUUCGACUGAAAAUUUACAUAGAGCCUCCAAUUCUCUUUAUAGAGCGCGGUUCAACUUUUACAAUAAAUUUUUCUUGCCAUCGUUGUCUAUAUCAAACGUCCCUCUUUUUUGACGUCAGCCUCUUUAUUGCGCGUCCCACCGGCAUAUUCAGGAGACUAAUUUCCGAUGCGAAAGGGCCUAUUCUAAACUUCGAACUGAUCAUUCUAGUUGCGCGUUACCUUCGCCCACAUGUAAUUUAUUAAAGGCAAACUGACUUCUUUUUUGACUCCAUUUUUUCUUUACCGCUGUCUUACUCAUAGGGUAAUCAGUUAGAGCUCCGUCAAAACUCUAAUGCGAGGAAACAAACUAAAAUUUUCGACUCAUCUUUAAGUCAGCUAUCUGUAAGGAAUAAUUAAAAUGCGUAAAGGUGUGAUCUGGCCUCACAAAAGGGAAAACAACACAGAGAUUGGGCUACUGUUAGUUUCACCCGCCUACUUCACGAUGAAGAGUACUGCCGCGCGUUCAUGGUAACCAAUGAAAAAUACUCCUGUUCAGCGUUUUAGAAUAACAAUAAGCGAUAUGACAGACCUAGAAGCUUUCACCGACUGUAAGUAAAUGUCCCCCAGAACAAUGGCCAUUUCUCCCGAUCGGGGGGAUGUAAAUUCUCCGAGAAAAAACUCUAUUGUAUUGAUCCCCAACAUGGCCGCCUUGUCACGUGAGUGCAAAAUAAGAAUUGUCGUAUGCGUUCACCAAAACUUUUGCUGCUUGUGUUCCUGUUCGCUUUUAUUUUUUUCACUGCCGCUCAUUUCACCUUGCUGGCCGCUGGCGUUUCUCAUUUGCUCACCGCCGCUGUGAAAUUUUCGUUUUUCUUCCAACGAAACUCGUCUCCUUUGUUUUUAAUCACUUUCUCUAGCUCUUUCUCUGUUAUCCACGUGAGUGUAGACAUGAAACAAACUAGACUUUUUUGUAGUUUUUUUCUCUCUAAAAGUCCGGGUGGCCGUGCGAUUUCCCGCCAAAAAAACCCUCGAGUUGCAUUUAGGUUGCCAUACUUGUUGAUUGAGUUAUGUAACAUUGGUAUGCCUGUGGUGUGGAUGGACGGGCGGACGUACGGUCACAUGACUACCAAAUUUUCUUGAAUGCAUUGGUAACCAAAUUUUUCUACCCAUGGUGCUCCGCUGCUCGUGCGAGAGCUAUAAAAGGUAAAAUUUAUUUACAAAUUGUUUUGCAUUUGUGCGCUUUGUUUACAUCAAGGUUGUACGGAAGCUUAUAGGUGCCAUCCGACAUCCUACAUCCGACAUUCGAGAUCCGACAUCGGACAUCCGAGAUUCGACAUCCGACAUCCGACAUCCGACAUCCGACAUCCGAUAUCCUUGUAAGUAAUAUGAUAAUUUCAAGACAUAGCAGGCUUUAAUCCAUUAAGUUUGGAAUGUUUUAGGGCCUGUUUACAUGGAGGUGGAGGACCCCAGGUAGGUGAGGUUACCCGCUAAGGUGGGGUAAAAAAAUAACUCCCCUUUACAUGCAAUCUUACAACCCCGCCAUCCCGGGGUGCACUUUCUCGAGAUCAUUGAAUGGUCGCUAAGCACGUAAACAUGAAAAAUGCUGGCAAACCACGUGUUUUGGCGAUUAAUGCUCUUCUACACUCACUUGCUGCUGUUGCUGCAACCUUCAGUGCUGUGGCUUUCUGUUGUUACCUUUAAGAAUGAUGCAAAGCCACCGUGCCACCAAAGUGAAUUUUGCGCGAAUUUGAUGUAUCACGAAUCCAACCCCGAGUAGGCGGGUUACCUCACCUUGAAACGUUUACAUGGCAAAAUUUGACCCCGGCUGAAAGGGUUACCCGGUCUGGCCUCACCUAAGCGGGUUACCUCACCUACCUGGGGUUCCCCACCUCUAUGUAAACAGGCCCUGAGACGUGGAAUGGUUCGUUAAGAGUUGUAUCCCAAGGGCUCUCUCGUCUGUUCUUGAAAACUUUUGCCGCCGUUUUAUCGGACCCAACUAACCACCCCUGGAUCUCCGAGUAUGUAUCAUAGCAAGCGCAGAUGACAACACUCAUCCCAUUCCGGAUCUCCCUAACUUUUAGAGUUUUUCUCUUUAGAAUACCCGACAUAUUUUAUGUUUAUGACACACAUUAAGCGGUUCAGCGCCUCUCAAAAACUCGAGGAAUAGGUUCCUUGAACCAGCGUGCACAAUGAGGACAUGUAGCACACUCGCGGUUUUGAAUUUGAUUAGGAGAAUAUUGCUGUGUUAUAAAUCAGUUAAAUAACAAAGGCCGUUUCGUUUCUCUCAUAAUGGACUAUACAUUAAACUAGACAAGAGACGAGAGUCUUAUGAAAACAGUUCAGUUUCCAAGUUAUCCUUGCAUGUAAAAUCGCUUUUUUUUUGGCCUAUCAUUAUCGUCACGAACCACUCACGUUAUCUUUUACAGUGUAUCUUCGGAAAGUCAGUCACUCAGAUCAGUUACUCGAGCCUAGCCAUGAAUAUGGCCCCUUACUUUUCGUUUCUUUCUUCUUUUUUUUUUUUCUGUAAAGUUUUCGGCUGGUGACAACACUUUAACAUCUCUCGUUUCAAGCUGAUUGUUCUGUAAACUGCGUUGACAGUGUAAAUCUAAGAGUUGAGCUUAGAAGAAAUCUUCCCUGCUGAUGGAGUGUUGAAGUUAUUCUCAAGAUCGAAUAAAAUGUUAAGAAUUAUUUAUCAACCUUCGUCACUUGAAAUCCCGCACUUGACAACUCCAGAGUCUUGUUCAGCGCCUGAUUACAUGAACCAGGCUGGCUUGGCUAAAUAGCCUCGUUUAUUGGGAUCACGGGACCUCAGGUACAGCUAACAGAACUAACUUUGUUAUUUCUUGACCACAAAACCAGCUUGCCAACUAGACAAAAAGUCCCAGCCCUGCAAACAGAGCGAGCCGGCGCUCCGGGGUCAGGUAAUGAGUCCUUAGUUGUGCCACGCUUUGUUUAGACAAGUUCUCCACGUGAUUCUAAUCAGUUACACGGUUUGUAGCCAAGUAAACAACGAUGCAGAUGACGAUGAUCUUGGAUAUGUUCAGUCGUCAGGUGUUAUCAACUGUAGUUCUCUUCCAUAAAAAGGUUAUUGGAGGGUGUGAAUGGGGUUAACCGACUAGCGACAAAGGGCAAAAAAUAUUACCGACUACUGAUAAAACGCGAAAAAAAUUACCGACUACCGACAAAACGCGAAAAAAAUUACCGACUACCGACAGGAAAAUUAUUAACCGACUACCGACAUCGACCGACAUUAUCUAUAUUUUUUUCAGAAAGAAGAGUAUAUUGUAUUUGUUCUACUUUUCUAGGAAGUAACCAAAGAUACCACGUCACAAGUCUUUUUACAAGUCACUACCACAAAACGAGGAUCAGUUGAAAUCGGUUUGCAGAGUGUAUGCCAAAAAUUUCUACAACCCGCCUAGUCCUAAACAUUGUAUGCGACAAAUGCUUAGAUUAAUCCUCAAAGAAAGUUCUUUCCAGUUCAAUGGAAAGCUCUACCUCCAAACCCACCGUGCCGCGAUGGGCACAAAGACAGCAGUUUCCUCUGCCAACAUUUUCAUGUCAUAUAUUGAAACACAAAGUCUAUAAGCAGCUAAACCGUCUUUAAACUAGACAUCGUAACUUUCUUCGAAGAAGCAAACUUACAUGAUCCUACUAUUAAAUUCACCACCGAAAUUCACUGAGACAAUGUUUUUAGACAUAGUUGUAUACAAAGGCACAAGAUUAAACGAAAAAGUUAUCCUUGAUGUAAAGACUACGGAAACCUUCCAGCACACAUUUUGCGGCUUGUCACCCACCGAUUUGUCAAAAGAGUUUGAGGAAAGUGUUUCAAAAUUCAAAAGAACGCUUGAUGGUUGAUGAUGGACAGAGGCUACCAACACAAUUUGAAAGACAAAUUGCAAUCAGAAAUAAAUGAAACUCACAGAAACCGAAGUCCGCGCUCCUAAAACAAAACCGAGCAAGGAAGGAAAAGAAAUGUUACCUUUAGUGGCACAAUAGGGAACUUAAAGAACCACGACGAAGUUCACGACGACGACGUCUGUUGACUGGGAAAAGACUGGAACGAGAACGUCAGUUUCGGCAGGACAAAGGAAACUUAAGAUCCAAUCGGUCGGUCGACGACGACGACACUGAAUGUAAACACAAAUGAAAACUGUGAUGUUCGUUCGCAACAAAGUUUUUCGCAAUGAUCUAAUUUUUAAGCCGUAUGUCUAAUUUCAUUGACGAUGGUGAAUUUUUUGUGUUGUCUGACCUUGUCGAGUGGAAAAACACCUGCUUUCCACACAAAGAUUAUUCAACUUUCAACCUGAAUGAGAUGACCGAGUCCGAGUGUCUGUCAGGGUUUAGAUUUGGAAAAGAGACAUUCUGAUGUGAUAGCUGUUUUCCAUAUAAAGUUUAUUUCCUCUAUAUUAAAGAUAUAUGAUUUGCCUUACCUAAAUACGUACAAAUAAAUUUCUCACUUACGAGUUCACACGCUCGGCCUCCCCAGCUGUUGUCAUUCUUCGAAGUAAAAACAAUUCACUUUUAGUCUUCAUAGCCAAUAACAUCACGGUUUAACUGACAGACGACUAAUAACAUCGCGACGUAACUGACCAAUCAGAUCAAUAACCAGAGUAUAAUAAGAUCAACUGACGUAAUACAACUCACUUUGACUCUGAAGAUGACUACCGCACAGGUUGUCGAAACGUCAGUCACUGUCAACGAAACUGACUGUAAAUUUAACAAGUUCUUUGCAACCACUGGAUGUCGCAUCGCCCAAGAAUUGGGCUCUACAUCGAGGGAAGAACUACGAAUCUGUUAUCCAAGCCGAUGGUGAAUGUCUAUACGACCUACAAUGCGCGUCAGUUCUAAGGUUGUUUCGAAGAUCUGGCAUUCGUUGAAAGUCAAGAAGGGAGCUGGACUGUUCAAAAUACCAGCCGCCGGUAUUUUUCUUGUUUAGGCCUACAAACAAAGAUUUAUAUUUUAAAAACUUAAAAAUGGUCCGACCUCCCGUGCAGUAAAGUGGGUACUUACCAGGGGCACCCAACGAGAAUAUAGUUCAAAACCACUUAAACAUAGCAUUGGUGAAUGUAUUUUAGUAUUUCAACGGUAGAUAUAGGCAUAUUUUUAUCCCCUAAAAAUUUUUCAUCUGUUCGGAUUUCCUAGCUGAAAGUCUAGUGAUCCGAAAGUUAUAGGGAUCAAAGCUUACCUUUUCGAAAAUUUUAGCCAGAAAAUAGGCUCCCGAAAAUUCUAGGUGAACAUAGGAGAGGUAUGCAAGCAAGAAAUUUUACAACAAAUGUUCCGAAAAUUCUAGAUCUCAAAUCGUCUUCCGAACAGAUAUUUUUCCGAAAAUUGUCGUUGGGUGCCCCUGAAUUACCGAGAGAUAAUCAAAUUUACACUUUAGCAUGUUCCAGACCGAGAGACAAGUGAGUGGAACCUGUAAGCAUUAUUUUCAAUACGUCAUUCCGGUAUACCCGGCUCUUGGUAUACCCUAUGAUUGAUCAAUUUUGACCAUUCACGUCAACCGUGUCAAUAGCUUGACUCAAAGAAAAAACACUGUAGCAAGCGUGUGAAAAUCUCCUACUCAGCACUUUUUGACAUUUUAAAUUUUGUCAUUUUGACAUGAGAAAAGGUUUUUUCUGUUAGAUUGGGGACUGUGAUAUUUGUAAAGAUGCUCAAGCUUUUCGCUUCUCUCUUCCUACCUUUGUUCCCUUGCUCGUUUUCUCGCGGCCUGGCACAGGCUAAUUUACACAAUUCAGCUAUUAUUUUGGGACAGGAUGGCAGUUAAGAACUGUUUUGGUCAAUAUUGGACAAGGUGGUGGAGUUUUUCUUUAAAAAGGUUGCAUGUAUGUACAGUACCUGCUUCUCUUUUGUCAUCGGGUAUCUAUCUUUUGACCAUUUUUUUUUUUACUUCUUCGGUCACAGAAAAAUCCAACUGUACCUCCAGAACAAAGAAUUCAAAACCUGAAGGUUAG